UAAUAUUAAUUUUAUUUUUUAAAAUAAUAUAGAUAUAUAAAUUUAUCUAUGAUAACAUUAGAUUUGAAAGAUAAAGUUGAGUUGAAGAUACAAAAUUGUUUCUAUUUAAAAGUGUUUCUUUCUAUCCGAAUAAAUUUUUCUAAAAAUAUUGUGUUAUUUUUUAUAUUAUUCAUGGAAUUUAUACGAUGGUACCUAUGACAAACUGGCUCAACUGGAAAUGACCCGAGACACUUGUGUUUAAAGUCUCCGGUUUGAAUACGUUUAAUAAUUUGGGGAGGGAAUUUAGAAACCAGAAUCUGUCUCUGGCCUUUUUGGUAAAAUGUUAAAUAUUAUUAUCAAUUUUCAAUUUUUGACAGACGAUACAAUAGAUGACUAGUAGCGGGAAUAAAAACAACAACAAAACACAAGAACAAACUAUAGACAGCAAAUAAAGGCUCGGACUGAUCAACAACGUAGCACAAUCGGUUAAAACAAAGUAAUAGAAAGACGAGGUAAGACCUUACAACCCUAAAACUAGAUGAGAAGACCGGCCGAUUGCCACAAGCAUUAAGAAAAGGGCGCCCUCAAACCCUGAAUGCAACAGUUACCUACAGCUUCUAGCCGAUAACUCAGAGCGAAGCAGAGUGCAAAAUCCAACCACGGACCCAAAGCAAGCAAGAUAAAAGAGACAAUCGGCGGUACGAAAAUAAGCCGAAGACCAACAGUGCAACCCGAAGAGAAUAUGGAUCGGUAGACGGACAGCUCCUCCGGAGGCAACUAAACCGAAGCCACGCUCGAGCCCCCGCUGACUUACUAUCACACCAGCAAAAACACAGUCGAGCCAGAAGUUGUUGCCAAGCCACGAACACGAACCUGCUGAGAUUAUUUGAGAAAAGCUAGCGACGGAGAAGGCCACAAACGUCAUCACCACUGAGUUCUGAGCGAUGAAGAAGCACACGGGAGCUAAACCACAAAGCGCACCAUGUGAAACCACACACUAUGCGACGCCACAGGGAAACCGGACGGACGUCUCCAUCCUCGACGAAACCCACGUGCAGCCACCACCUGAGAUCACGACGGUGGCUCUCAGAUUCAGAAGAGAGAUCUAGAGUUACCAAGAACCAGUGCCUCAACACCACUCGAGUUUCCAAGUUCCGGCAAACCCUAGACCCCCAACUCCACACGCAGCUGUAGCCACCACCAGGAGCCACCCCGGAGGUAAAUCGAGCCAACGAGGAGCUUAACGACACAACAUGCGCCACCAACUCGGCGGGACAAGACUGGAUCUGGGAAAAAAAUUGGCGAGCUCCGAUUCAGACGAGGGAAAGCACAAAGGUGGAAGAAACCGUCCUCUAGAGACUUCCGCCGUUGUUAACCCUAGAUCUAUGGCCGGAGCGACCAGAUCUGAGACACAGUCAAACACCACCCUCAAUGCCGCAGAACAACGAAGGAGACAGACGGGAGACAGACGAGAGAGAUAGAGAUGGAGGCCGGCCACCGCACGAGGAGGCGGCCGCCGGACUAAGCUGAUGGCGUUAUUUUGUUUGAUGGAUGUAUAAUUGAUUGAUUAAAACUAGUCUCAAUGUUGUUUCAAUAUGGAAAAAAAACAACAUACCCACUCAUUCCUUAAUUAUGAACAUUUUUUUUGUAACUGGUAAUUAUGAGCAAUUUGUAAUCGAUUACACAUGAAAACAUUCUUAACGAGCAUGAGACUAGAACUUGCCAACAAACAAAGCUUAGAGCAUUUUCCGAUUUGUCUUUCACUCUCUUAAUAUAAUAUCUAGACCCUUCACGAGUAUUUUCUGAUUUUUUCUUUUACUGCCUUAAUUUUUGUUUCUUUAUUUUAAUCAUAAGAAACUGUAUUAGAUAUAUACCAACUGAUGCAGAUGCCCUAAUAAUAAGUCUUGUUGUAAGAAGGAGAUGAUUAAUUCGUCUCAGAAUAUUUUUUUUUUUUUUUUUUUUUUUUGGUCUCAGAAUAUUGGUUGUCAAAAGAACCACGUCGUUAAUAACGUCUUCUUUAAUAAUCAUCAAACUAGAUUAUAGUUUAUCAUAACAGAAAGAGAAAACCUGAAGGUGAGUUGGCUAGCUCUAAAUAGCAAAAUCUUCUCCAAGCCAACCAAAAGUUUGAGUAGUGCAACAACAACCACUUACUUUUCCCAUGCAAACCCUAAUUUUCGCAUCAUCUCUCAAUUCUCUCUCGUUCGUGCUCCCCCUAAGCCAAUCUCCACCGCACAUCCUAGUAACUCCCACCUUUCUAUGGAGGGGCCACGGCUUCCUCCUUCCGCCACCUUCCAUGAAUCUGACGAUGACAAAUCCGACGAUCCUCCUUCCGCCUGGCACCGUCCAACCUCGAGUCUCUCCGCAUUGCCCUCUCAAGAUCCUCCACCACACCAUUGGCGUAAUCAUUCUCUUAAUCUCUCUCCAAUCCUGGCCACACCUCCACGGUCUCUCCCUCCUCCCCAUUCAAUCCCAGAGCUAGAGACUUACGUUGUCCAGGUACCGAGAGAUCAAGUCUAUUGGACUCCUCCUCCUGAACACGCAAAAUACGUCGAAGAACGCCGUAAUAACCCGGAGAAAAACAAAAAGAAUGGGUGCUCUAAACGUCUUAUGUGGUUCUUUAUCAUCUUGAUCUUUUUUGGAUUCAUCAUUGGUGCAAUCACCCUUAUCCUUCAUUUCGUUUUCAACCCCACUCUUCCAGUUUUCGCAGUCGAGAGAUUAACGGUAAAACCUAGUAAUAUCGAGAUCACGUUGAGAGCCGAGAAUCCGACGUCUAACAUGGGGGUAAGCUAUAUGAUGGAAAAAACCGGUAUGAUUUCAUUAACGUACAAGAACAAGAGCCUGGGACGCGGGAAAUUCCCAAAGAUGUCCCAAGCGGCGUCUGGAUCUGACAACGUCAAUGUAAAGCUCAAUGGGUCGACCAAGAACGCCGUUAUGCCACCUCGGGGAUCGAAACAACCGGUGAGUUUGGUGCUGAUGAUGGAGCUUAAGGCGGACUAUGAAGCAGGACCAUUGAAAAAGAACAAGGAAGUGGUGGUGACUUGUGAUGUUAAGGUUAAGGGGUUAUUAGAUGCCAAGAAGGUCGAGAUUGUGUCGGAGAAUUGUGAGAGUGAGUUCAAGAACUGACAGUCUAUAUCAUAUAAGGUGAUUGCGUCGUAGAGUUACAGUGUGCUGUAAUGAUUUAUACUUAUGAUGUAAUGUUCAAUUGUUUAUUUUUAAUUUGUUCUCCAAAUGUCUUUGUUUUUACACUAUUGUUGAGCGACAAAAGAAAACGUGAACAAUAGAGAGAUCAAGGUGUUCCAUAGAUUAGAAGAUGAUUUCGAG